CGGCGCUGAGGAGGAGGAGGAAGAGGAGGCGGCGGCGCGAUGCCGGCGGCGGCCGGGGGGCUGCUGUGGUGGAGCUGCUGCGUGCUGGCGGCGGCGGCCGGCGCCCCGAGGGCUGUCGCGGCGCAGGCAGUGUGUGCUGGCACGGAGAACAAACUGAGCUCCCUCUCUGACCUGGAACAGCAGUACCGGGCCCUGCGCAAGUACUAUGAGAACUGCGAGGUAGUUAUGGGCAACCUGGAAAUCACCAGCAUUGAGCACAACAGAGACCUCUCCUUCCUGCGGUCCAUCAGAGAAGUCACAGGCUAUGUUUUGGUAGCUUUGAAUCAGUUUGAAUACCUGCCUCUGGAGAACCUGCGCAUCGUUCGUGGGACUAAGCUCUAUGAAGAUCGAUAUGCUCUGGCGAUAUUUCUUAACUACAGAAAGGAUGGUAAUUUUGGACUCAGGGAACUUGGCUUGAAGAACUUGACAGAAAUACUGAAUGGAGGGGUGUAUGUUGGCCAGAACAAAUUUCUUUGCUUCGCAGACACCAUUCAUUGGCAGGAUAUUGUCCGUAACCCCUGGGCCUCCAACUUCACUUUGGUUCCAAUGAAUGGCAGCUCAGGAUGUGGUCGAUGCCACAAGUCCUGCACGGGCCGAUGCUGGGGACCCACGGAGAAUCACUGCCAGACCUUAACAAAGACAGUGUGCGCAGAGCAGUGUGAUGGACGGUGCUACGGGCCCUACGUCAGUGACUGCUGCCACCGGGAGUGUGCUGGAGGCUGUUCCGGACCCAAAGACACUGAUUGCUUUGCCUGCAUGAAUUUCAAUGAUAGUGGUGCAUGUGUCACACAGUGCCCCCAGACAUUUGUGUACAAUCCUACCACCUUCCAACUGGAACAUAAUCACAAUGCCAAGUACACGUAUGGGGCUUUUUGCGUCAAAAAGUGCCCACACAACUUUGUGGUAGAUUCCAGCUCUUGCGUCCGUGCAUGUCCAAGCUCCAAGAUGGAGGUUGAAGAAAAUGGUAUUAAGAUGUGUAAGCCCUGCACUGACAUUUGUCCUAAAGCAUGUGAUGGCAUUGGAACAGGAAGCUUAGUGUCAGCUCAGACAGUGGAUUCCAGCAACAUUGACAAGUUCAUAAACUGUACUAAGAUCAAUGGCAACCUUAUCUUCCUUGUUACUGGGAUUCAUGGGGAUCCAUAUCACACAAUUGCUGCAAUUAAUCCAGAGAAACUAAAUAUUUUCCAAACAGUGAGAGAAAUAACAGGGUAUCUGAACAUACAAUCAUGGCCUGAGAACAUGACUGACUUCAGGGUGUUUUCUAACUUGGUUACUAUUGGUGGAAGAGCUCUGUAUAGUGGCCUUUCCUUACUCAUUCUGAAGCAGCAAGGCAUUACCUCUUUACAAUUCCAGUCCUUGAAGCAAAUCAGUGCUGGUAACAUCUACAUAACGGACAACAGCAAUUUAUGCUACUACCACACAGUCAACUGGACCAGCCUUUUCAGCACACCCAGCCAGAAGACAGUGAUUCAUCGAAAUAAAAAAGCAGAGAACUGCACUGCUGAUGGAAUGGUGUGUAAUGAGUUAUGUUCAAGUGAUGGCUGCUGGGGGCCAGGGCCGGACCAGUGUCUCUCCUGCAAGCGCUUCAUCAGGGGGAGGACCUGCAUAGAUUCUUGUAACCUGUAUGAUGGGGAAUUUCGAGAGUUUGCAAAUGGUUCUGUUUGUGUGGAGUGCGAUCCCCAGUGUGAAAAGAUGGAAGACAACAUGAUCACAUGCUAUGGGCCGGGUCCUGACCACUGCACAAAGUGUUUCCAUUUUAAGGAUGGUCCAAACUGUGUGGAGAAAUGUCCUGAUGGCUUGCAGGGGGCAAACAGUUUCAUUUUCAAAUAUGCUGAUGAGGAUCGUGAGUGCCAUCCAUGUCAUCCAAAUUGCACCCAAGGGUGUAGAGGUCCCGCUAGUCAUGACUGCAUUUACUAUCCAUGGACACGACAGUCCACUUUACCACAACAUGCUAGAACCCCUUUGAUUGCUGCGGGAGUUAUUGGUGGCCUCUUCAUCAUCGUCAUCAUGGGCCUGACGUUUGCUGUGUACGUUCGACGCAAGAGCAUUAAAAAGAAGAGAGCGUUGCGGAGGUUUCUGGAGACAGAGCUCGUGGAACCCUUGACUCCAAGUGGUACGGCUCCCAACCAAGCACAGCUUCGUAUCCUGAAGGAAACUGAGCUGAAACGAGUGAAGGUUCUCGGCUCUGGAGCCUUUGGAACAGUAUACAAGGGUAUUUGGGUCCCCGAGGGAGAAACGGUAAAGAUUCCUGUGGCCAUUAAGAUCCUUAAUGAGACCACUGGUCCCAAAGCCAAUGUGGAGUUUAUGGAUGAAGCUCUCAUCAUGGCCAGCAUGGACCACCCACACCUGGUGAGACUCCUGGGUGUCUGCUUGAGCCCGACCAUUCAGCUUGUCACUCAGCUGAUGCCUCAUGGCUGCCUGUUGGAUUAUGUUCAUGAACAUAAGGACAAUAUUGGCUCCCAGCUUCUGCUAAACUGGUGUGUCCAAAUAGCAAAGGGAAUGAUGUACCUGGAAGAGAGAAGACUUGUCCACCGGGACUUGGCAGCCCGCAACGUCUUGGUGAAAUCACCAAACCAUGUGAAGAUCACUGACUUUGGCCUGGCCAGACUUCUGGAAGGCGAUGAGAAGGAGUAUAACGCAGAUGGAGGGAAGAUGCCAAUUAAGUGGAUGGCUCUGGAGUGUAUACACUACAGGAAAUUUACCCAUCAGAGUGAUGUCUGGAGCUAUGGAGUCACUAUCUGGGAGCUUAUGACCUUUGGUGGAAAGCCAUAUGAUGGGAUCCCGACUCGAGAGAUCCCAGACCUCUUGGAGAAGGGAGAGCGGUUGCCCCAGCCUCCAAUCUGCACUAUUGAUGUUUAUAUGGUGAUGGUGAAAUGCUGGAUGAUCGAUGCUGACAGUCGGCCUAAAUUCAAGGAACUGGCUGCUGAAUUUUCUAGAAUGGCUCGAGACCCUCAAAGGUACCUGGUAAUUCAGGGAGAUGAUCGUAUGAAGCUCCCCAGCCCAAAUGACAGCAAGUUCUUCCAAAACCUUCUUGAUGAGGAAGACCUGGAAGAUAUGAUGGAUGCUGAAGAGUAUCUUGUUCCUCAAGCCUUCAACAUCCCUCCUCCCAUCUAUACUUCCAGGACAAGAAUUGAUUCCAACAGGGUCAUGAUGUCGAAAUUUCCUUGCACGCCCUUGCUGAGAAGCAGAAUGAACCAGUUUGUGUACAGAGAUGGUGGCUAUGCUGCAGAGCAGGGAGUGCCAAUGCCGUACAGAGCUCCUGGCUGCAUCAUCCCAGAAGCCCCAGUUGCUCAGGGGGCGACAGCAGAGAUCUUCGAAGACACCUGCUGCAAUGGCACACUGCGGAAGCAGGUGGCCACCCUGACAAAAGAGGACAGCAGCACCCAGAGGUACAGCGCUGAUCCCACGGUCUUCAUGCCGGAACGGGUGAUCCGGGGAGAGCUGGAUGAGGACGGCUACAUGACGCCAAUGCGAGACAAACCGAAAACAGAUUACCUGAAUCCAGUGGAAGAGAACCCAUUUGUCUCCCGACGGAAGAACGGAGAUCUCCAAGCUGUGGACAACCCAGAGUAUCACAACGCUCCAAAUGGGCAGCCCAAAGCAGAGGAUGAGUACGUGAAUGAGCCAUUGUACCUCAACACUUUUGCAAACACCUUAGAAAACACUGAGUACCUGAAGAACAAUUUGCCAGAGAAAGCCAAGAAGGCCUUUGACAACCCAGACUACUGGAAUCAUAGCCUGCCCCCACGAAGCACUCUCCAGCACCCGGACUACCUGCAAGAGUACAGCACAAAAUACUUUUACAAACAGAACGGACGGAUCCGGCCCAUUGUGGCAGAGAAUCCUGAAUACCUCUCUGAGUUCUCCCUGAAGCCUGGCACUGUGCUGCCCCCACCGCCCUACAGACACCGGAACACAGUGGUGUAGUAACCGCGGUCUUAUAGAAGUGGAAAGGCAACCCCUUCUAGCUGCCUCACUCUUUCUCUUUUUCUCCUUCUCCCUUCCCUGCUUCCCUUUUUUCCUCCCAUGAGCUUCCUCUUCUUGCCAGUUCACCCAUUUUUGAUAUUUCCAAGUGAAAGGAUGUCUUGGAUUCAUUUGCAGAUUGGGUUGGGAACCUGAAAGAAAGGAAGGAAGGAGGCUGAAAGGAGGAGUGUACAGCCUGGUGUUUCUUGCCUUCCACAGAUCCAAGGGGCAGAUGGUCAGAGAAGCCAGACGGUACCGGGAAGGACUAUGGCAGUGUUGCCUGCUGUCAAGCUAGUCUCAGUGAUUCCACCCAGACACUGUAGGAGAAGCCACAGAGAGGCUGUCUCUCUCAGGAGGAACUGAUGAGUCUGUACAGCAUUCCUGGAAAUCUCAAUGCAGUUUCCAUCAGGGGGAAAAAUGGACAAUUUUUAUAUCAUGUGUAAUAGCACAGUAAUUGAGAUUGAGAAUCCAGUUUCUUUCUCUAACACUUUCUAUCCCAGCGACUGAAAAUGGCUAACUUGGCUUUUCAUAAUCGUUCAGAUCUACAUCGUGGCUUUCCAAGAAAUGAUGAUGUGACUCUGAGAGCCGGCUAACUCCUUGUUCUGAGCCACACCAUGAUUUUAUGCCACUUCCUAACCGCAGAGACUCUACCUGAGAACUGGUGCGUGACAUGACCAUUUUUGUAUAUGUGCGAACAGGACAAACAUUUUAAACAGAAAAAUCCUUUCAGAAAUGAGUAACAAAGCCCCACCCCCAACAUGUUCUUCUUGAACCUAAAAGACAGGCCAAGAAAUCAAGACUUGUACGUAAAAGACUCCAUUUUCCUGUUUUAUACCCGCUGAACAUAGGUCCAUAAAUGCAAAUAAAUUCUUCCCUUUUUUUCUUCUUCACCAUCAUGAAGGUAGUCGGUUGGGGAUGCUGUCAGGCAACACUGAGAAUGAGAUGGAGCACUGCAGAGUUGGCUGUGGGUCAUGAAGUCAGCCUGGCACUCUGUGGGGUGGUGGUGGGACGGGUCCUUGAAACUGGAAGAAAGAAAGACACUGGACUGGAGAAAACGCACAUACAAGUUCACUGGAAAGUUAGUUUGCACUUAAGCUCUGAUUUUAUUUGAACUGUUUUCUGGAUUUUGAAUGAAGCAAUAUGGAAGUGACCAGCAAAAUAAAAAAUAAUAAUUUUAAAUUUAAAAAAGUGAAUUAUAUGUAAAGGAUGACUGUGGAAAUGCCAAAAUGAAGCAAAUCAAGUCUUUGGUACGAUGUCCACCAGUUCGGAGAGGCAUUGCAUUGACUGUUUCAGAGAAUAUGGUGACAGAGCAGCCAGCUCUUACUGCUGCCACAUGAAGGACAGCACAGCAAGCCCUGGAAGGGAUCUGAGGAGGAGAAUGCCUUGCUCAGGUGUGCAGCACAGUACGGAAUGCUUUUUGUAACGGGAGGAUUACUCUGUCACAGAACACAGUGUAUGAGGUGUUUGCUAAGUCAAAAUGUGCAUGACUCACAGAGCUUUCAGUCAAAAAAUGUAAAUAGGUAUGAGUCGGUCUCCCUGCACUUGGUUCUGCUUUCAUCAGCCUCGGUUUUUAGGUAGACACCUGCACACACCCCCAUCCUCCUGUUCAGAAGGAACCUCCAGCCACAGGUGGGGAUGUUUUCAGCAGAUGGAGCUGGAAAGGGUGGAGCAAGGGCCAGUGCUGCUGAUGGCUCACUCCUGGUGUGCCAAGACUGCCUGUGUGAGCAUAUGUGUACCUAGUUCCCACCGAAAAUCUUCAGGCUGCAUUAGGUGCCUGUGAAGAGCUGUCUGUGUCUCAUUAAGGCUUUUAAAAGGGGAAGUAAUACCUGUUGGAGAGCAGUAUUUCACUGUAUGCACUUCACUACUAUUAAUGUCAAGAUCUUUGGGGUAAGCUGGCCAACAAAACCAGCAACAACCGGUGGUCUGGAAAUUUUAUCCAGUUCCUCCAAAAUCCUGCCUAUGAACACAGCUUGCCAUCUUCAAUCAUAAGGGUGUGGAGGAAGGAGUAAGAACCAUGCAAUAUUCGCUGCAGUCCUGGUGGCUCAGGGGCAGCUUGACAAAGGUAUAAGGAGGUGUCAGUGCUGGGUAGUUGGCAGGCUUGGUGGUGGAAAGGAAACGUGUGAUUGCUGAGCUAGGGCUGGGUCUUCCAAUAGCCUGCUUCUGUGUCACAUGUGUCCAGGCCAGCUUGAGCCAGCUGAGCACACCUCCAGCUGCAGGGCACUACUAGGCCUGCUGUAAAGCUGGUAUGGGGAUGGGGAGCGUGACAACAGCCGGCACAGCUCUGUGGAGCUACUGAAGGGAGAUGCUGGGCCAGAUGGGAACAGAACAAAGGACCAGCACACAACUGAGGUGAGAUCAAUGGUCAAGGAGUGUCACACAGCUCAGAGGCCGUGUCUCCUCCUGAUGCCCUCUGUAACUUCCUCGUGAUCAUGGGAUUAGAAAAAGAGGAAGGAACACGACGUCCUGGGGACCCUGCUCCUGGAAGGUUUGCUGGUGACAGUGCUGAAGGAUGAGCAAAGCUCUGAGAGGUUGGGCUGCAGUUGCCAAGCUGCUGGGGGACAAAGUCCGGCCAAGGACUGUGGAUGUCCUGACAGCAGAGAAGCAGCUUAGGUGAUGUAGGUAGGUGGAGCAGAGGGGGAAGGGGUGGGGGAUUUGUCCCUGAACACGUCAUACAACAGAGUAACUCCUCAUGGAGAAGAACAAUGGUGGUGCUGCUUGUGCAUGAAUUCAGAGAGGGGCAUGUGAAAGUAACUGGGGGAGAGGUACACGCUUCUCCAAAAACAGCUGCUCAUGGAAGGUGGAGACCUGGUUGUUUCUCUGGUAAUUAAGUAAGUAGGACUGGUGUUAGAAAUAAUCAAAAUGUAAAUAACAGUGUUCUUUAACAUUUUAACAUUUCUUACGUAGCUUGAAUUAUUUAUUCAUUUUAAUCGUUGACAGUGGGACACUUGGUAGCGUGGAGGGCGGCAGCACGCGGGGGGGGGGGGGGGGGCGUCACCUCACACUGGGGCCUAUCCAGACAGUGCAUUUUGUCAGCACAAAGCAGUUGUUGGGCACCAGCAAAAUUAUUUUGUCUAUCUCUGAUUAAUUCUGUGGUUCUGCAGUGGUAUCUGUACACACCACCAUCAGCUCCCAUGGAUUUUAAUAGGUGGAUACUUAUUGGUAGAUGUUUUCCUUUCGCUCAUGCACAAGAGAAAAGCAUUGCACCACUUCUCAAAAGCAGAUACCUCUAUCAGCUUUUUUCUAAGGCAAAUGUGCUAAAUGAAGGAGAGCAACAGCUGGUUUUCACCUUAUAUCUCUUGCAGUGAUUGUCUUAGAUGUUACCUGCCAAGCUGAGGGCCAGUUCAGACAGAUGUGGAAGCUGCAGCUCAUUGAUUUGCUAUAAUCAAACAGUUAUAAUUUUGUUUUUCUGCACAGUAGCUAAGGAGUGAAGCAUAUAUGGCCAUUUGCUCAGAUGUAGUGGAGUAUUUACAACUUGUCUGGAGUGCAUAGCAGUGACUGGAGGGGGGGGGUCAUCAUAUGGAGCUGUUCCGGGUACCCUAAGCUCAGCUCAGUGAUCUUUCUUCUCCUACAAAACAAAUGGUUGUGCUGACCCUGGAUCCCACCACUUACUGGUGGAAAUGCUCUCCUGCCAGCAGGGACUGUACACAGUGAUCUCAUUUCAUGUGGGUCUCUGGUGUAGUGAGGAGAAGCCCAGAAAUGGUGUGAGCAGGGCAGUUGUGAUAAUGCCACUGGGGCAGGCAGCCUGUGCACACACAGGGGAUCCAGUGCUUAUUUCCAAUUGAGAGCUGGGUGGGAGGUACAAGCUCAGGUAGGUGAUCAUCUCCUUUGAAGGCUCUUUAUCGCGAGGGGAAACUGUAGACAACAGGCUUUAACAAGAACUAGUCAGGCCUUGGGUGAUCAGUGACCUCUUGGGCUCUUAAAGAAAGACCAUCACCUCAGAACAGAUGACAUUACCCGGAGGUCUCUUCCACCAGCAUUUUUAAGAGAUGUUUUUACUUGCAAUAAUAUGAAAAGACUGUACACCUACUCAUUUCUAGGUCUGUCACUUGUAGUGUACCCAUUAUUCUGGAUUGUAGGCCUCUGCUGCUGGAAGAACAGCUCAUCUGUUAUUACACAUUCUGGAUUUGCGUUCAAACAUCAAUUCCAAAAGCCAGGGCCGCACACAGUCGGGCUGGAUGGCUGCAGUGUUACAUUUCCUCACAUGCUAAGAAGCACGGCUGUCCAUGACAGCAGCUUCAGCUGCUCAGAACAUGCCCUCGUGUUUUUGUUUGGUCUUCUGCUAAGUGUAACACAAAUAGAAAUGGCCACCGUUAAAAUGGGUUUUUCAAAUCAGGAAUAGUUCCAUGGUUAGAAGCAACUCCAGAAUGUCCAAGAAUGAAGGUGGACACAAGCCAUUUUGCUGAAGCACAAGGUCAUACUCCUCUACCGCCCUGGAGCUUUGUGCCUGACGACGUGAGGGGGCUUGCUGCUCCUGGGGAGAGGGCCAGAAGGUAAGGCUGAAGUUAAGGUGUCUCCAUUCAUCCUAUGGCCAUAGCUGGGAUCAGUGUGUAGGCUGGGACAAUGCAGAGCAUGCUCUGGGGAACCAUUAAAAGUCUGACUGAUGGCAGGGGGACUUCCUGAAAUGCAGAGGCAAGCUGAAGAGGUGGGCCCAGCUGGUGGAGGUCUGUGCUAAGCCAGGAGGAAAAGUGAGGCGGAAGCUAAGGACAUUAACCAAAUUAGGAAGUGUGAAGACUUAUCACUACAUUUUUUUUCUUCUGUAUAAUUAGAGAGCUUUGGACCUUGGUAGAGAGAUUUUAGAUAUAUGUAAGGUAUUACGCCAUGGGAGUAGUUGCAGCCCCGGUCCUCCCUCUCCCAGUAAAAAAAGCCAUGAGAUUGUGCUCCAGACAUGUUGCAGAUGAAACCGCCAGGGCCAAGGUGUACCCUGCACAGCAGCCUCUUGCUGAUGGCAGCACUUCUGUUCCAGUGCCCUGCCCAGGCUGUGAGCCCUCUUAGGGAUAAAACACCUGAUUAUAAUCCAUAGCACGCCGAAGACUAAACCCUUUUGGGAUAACCACAGUAAUAAACUGUGAAUGGUAUUUUAUAAAUGUAGAUAUGUACGCCGUUCCUUUGAGGUAAGGUACUAUGACAUAUGUAGCAUAAGCUGGUACUGCUGUUAAAUGGGUCGAUUAAUACUGAGCAGCUGUGUAAGGGGUAGCUAACUUUGAAUGCACUCAAAGCAGCGUUCCUUGGGAGAUGGGGCAGAAAGUGGUUGCUAGGUACUUGUCUUUUUGUGGUGGGGAAUACUGAAAAUGCAGAUUAUUGUAAACACAAAUUGCAGUUUUUAAUAGCAUUUCGAUGUUGGAAAUUGGUGCACAUUUGAAACAUUAUUCACAAUGGUUUUAACAUUUUGUUUUAGUUUGUUUUUUUCUUCUGCCCAGUUUUUGAUAUUUCCCCAACAUUGCAAGCUGGAGUUUCUAAAGAGGUAGCAACCCUAGGGUACGGAGGAGAAAGAAGUCUCUUUGUAAAAACAGAGCUACCCAAGAUACAUUUCCUGACCUUGUGGUCCUCAAGCUAUGUAUUCUUUUGAGUGAAGCUCAAGUUCCCAAGCUCAGAGGACAGCAAGGCUGGGCCCCAGCUGGGAGGCGAUGCAGGCGCAGCAGCGCUCCUGCCAGGUGGGCACAACCCCGCAGCAAGAAGCAGAGGUGGGGAGGGCUCUGGGUUUGGGGCAGUUGUCUGGGUUCUAACAGCGCAAAGAGGUUAUUACACAGUAAUUCUGCCUUAGAAGUACCUUCAGAAGAAGAGGAGCAUCAGUUUGUUGGGGAAGACGCUCAUUUCGUGCAAAGUGAUGCAUUCAGAGUUAGCUGCCUUUCUGAAACAAAAAUACAAAAAUACAAAAACUACUGUAUGUUACUUUGAAAAUGUGAAUAGUAUUUUUAUAGCUUGUUAAAGACACAGCUAGUUGCAUUUGUAAAUAAGGAUAAUGUUGCUUUUAUUUUCCUUGUGGUCACCAUUAUUUGGAACAUAAUUGUCCUUAGGGUUGAUUUGUAUAUAGGUAAUUUGCUUGUGAUUUAUGCGCUUUCCCCCCCUUUUCUUUCUUUCCCUUCCCACCCUCUGCUUUUGGUUAGAAAUACCAUUUUUGUCAUUCUGUGUGAUUCUGUGUUUUAGCACUAUUGUGGUGUGUUCAGACUUUCUGCACUUGCUUACACAGUAGGGUAUGCCAAUUGUGUGUGGCGUAAUGUUACUUUAACCUUUCGUUUCUCAUAUUUUAGCUAUUGAGGAUUAUGCACUGUUAAAACACUGACCUGGGUUAAUAUUAGGUGCAUAUUUUAGCAUAAUUUCCCUUCUUUUCAUAGUUUCUCGUUUGUUUUCUUUUUUCCUUCCCUCCCCUUUUGUCUUGUUUGGAGGCUGGGGAGAAGCCUGCAGACCUUCUCUUUGUGUGGUUAUACUUUUUCCCCCGUGUGCAGUCCCGAGUUUCUCCUCCUGGUCCUUGGGAUAGAGCUUUACCUGUUUGUUGAGGCAAAUGUAGACUGCGACCCACCUUGCAUCAACCCACGCUCAUCCCAGCUGAACAAUUUGAAAACUGUUCUGCCUUUUUGUUACAUGAAUCUGUCAGAAAUAUAUUUUUAAUUUAAUAUAAAUGAAAUUCAAUAAAAUAUGAAACAAAA